AUGGAGCCGUUGCAGCAGCCGUUGCAGGGGCCUCCCAAUGGAGGGUGGGGAGGCUGCGGCCGUUACAGAGGAGAAGCGGGGGACCCUGGGGUGGGCGGUUCCGAUCCGGUCCGGUCCGGAGGAUGGGCACCUGUCAGGACGGGCGCCCACGAGGAUGGGCACAAGUACGACGUGUUCUCGGCAUAUCGGACGACCCAGCCUCGGGUCGGGGACCGACACCUGUGGUACACCGAGGUGAUGAAAUACGCGAGCCAAUUCGCCCCUGACAACAAAUCGAGUCAACUGAGCCGCGGCGAUGUUCGCCCCGGCUCCCUCCCCCGCAUCCGCCAGCUCGUCCUUUGUUGUGCUUUGAAAAGGUCUAUCCGGGAGAUUGGCUUCAGCCAGCCCCUGGAGGCUAUAAAAGCGCCCGGAGCUGCAGCCAGUCGACGACGGCGAGCGGCCCCGACGGACGGACAGUCGGACCGACUCGCCACCCACGCUCUCUGCCAGCCAGUGGGGGCACAUAGGCCGCACUUUGGAGCAGCAGGGAGUGGGCGAGGAAAGGGGGUCCGGAACCGGGGGCAGCUGACCCCGAGGGUCAGUGAACUAGAAGUCCUGCUGCCCCUCUCGCCCGUCCCCGGCCUAUCAUUGCGCGGCGGCCCACCCCCGCCAGCGGCCAUCCUGCCCCCGGCCCGUUCUGAGUCCAGGCCGAGGGCUGCGGACCGGAAAAUGCCGACACCAACCCCCUUCGGGAGCUGCUUCGGGGCCCUUCUGAGUGCGGCACUGAGCCUGGCACUGCUCCACGCGCCCGCCGGGGCUCACGCCUCGUGCUCAGAAAAUGGCAGAUGUAAGGACCUCUCCUCCGAGGCCAAUGUGGUGGAGUGCCUCCGGGCCUGCAAGCUGGACCUCUCGGCCGAGGCGCCGGUGAUCCCGGGCAACGGACACCUAGAGCCGCUGUCCGAGAACGUGCGGAAGUAUGUCAUGAGCCACUUUCGCUGGGACCAGUUCGGACGCAAGAACGGCAGCGGCGGUUCGGUGGCGGGGCGCCUCUCCGGCCACAAGCGGGAGGAGCGGGAGCGGGGGAGUCUCCGGGACCUGCUGCUCCCGCGGCCCGGGGCCGGGGCCGGGAUCGGGGGCGACCCCCGGGCCGCGCCGCCCUCCGUCCCGCAGCCCCGGGACCUGCCGCUGACCAAGCGCUCCUACUCCAUGGAGCAUUUCCGCUGGGGCAAGCCGGUGGGCCGCAAGCGCCGGCCGGUCAAGGUCCACCCCAACGGCGUGGAGGACGAGUCGGCCGAGGAGUUCCGCCGGGGCCUGGCCGGGGACGUGGAUUACUCCGAGGAGGCCGAGCCGGUCCUGCCCCGGGAGCCCGGGAGGGAACUGGAGCAGGAGGCCGGGGAUGGGGAGAGGAGAUGGGAGGAGGAGGAGGAGGAGCGGGAGGAAGAAGAUGGAGAGGUGCGCGGGGAGGAGGAGAGGGAAGAGGAGGCCGGGGACGGGGAGGUCUACCGGAUGCGACACUUUCGGUGGGGCAGACCGGCUAAGGACAAGCGCUACGGAGGCUUCAUGACGUCGGAGAGGGGGCCCAUGCCGCUCGUCACGCUGUUCCGCAACGCCAUCGCAAAUAGCGCGCACAAGAAGGGGCAGUGA